AUUCCGCCGCGAACUGUCGGCCGCGCCGCCCGUCCGCGCCGCAAUAUGAUUGACUACGCGCGUCCUCCCUACGACCAAAAUAUGUACGAUCUGCACCUCCCCCCGACGCCGCCCGCACCCGCUCGCCUCGACGACUUCCAAGUUUUCAAAAAAGGUGCCGCGUCCUACAUCUACGGGAAUUACUACAGCAACCCUUCGUACGACUCCUACAUCGAACCAGAUAUUGACGCAGCCAACAACGUUUACCACAACCUUCUUUCAUCUCGCGAGUGCCACCGUGACAACUGGAGAAACAAGAUGAUCAGCCACUGGAACGAAGAAGAUACAGUAUCUUGGAUUAUUGACAGCACACAGUGCAUGGGCUUUACAGAGUAUGAAAUUCCGUAUUACAACUUUAGAAUUGUUGGCGCCGAACUGCAAGAUAUGAAAAGAGAGCACUUGAUACAACGGUUUGCACAUCCAAAUGUUGAUCCAAACUUGACAAGAAGAAUAGGAGACAAUAUUUUCGACAAACUACAGAGUUUGCUGCAACAAGACAUAUACAGACAGUCCACAGUUCUCCGUUAUGCGGAAGGUGACUCCUAUUCUCAGGAUCAUAUAGGAACAGUGUUAGAUUUAGAUUCACAGGACCACAAAAACAGAUUAUAUUUGUCAGAUUACAAACCAAACGACAGCAGUCUACUGAUAGGCGCGUGUGACUCGAGUGACGACGCUGAAUAUGAUGUUCUGCGUUCGUCAGAAACCGCCUCUCCAGAAUACGACGGUAGCGAUGGGAGCAAGUCUGGAGACGAGGAUGAUAAGAAAAAGUUGUUCAAGAGAGCUCCAGGUCGGCCCAAGGGCAGCGGAAAAAAGAUCUGCAAGCGUCCCCGUAGCGUUUCCGUUCCGGAGUUCCUAAGAAAUCUGUUAUUGGAUCCAAAAUAUUGCCCGUCUAUAAUCAAAUGGGAAGACCACUCACUUGGGAAGUUCAGAUUCGUGAAACCAGAUGAAGUGGCCAAAUUGUGGGGCAGACUGAAGCAGAAUGACAACAUGACCUUUGAAAAGUUCAGCCGGGCCAUGAGGUACCACUACAGACAAUCGGUCCUAGUCUCAGUGCCGACCGCCCGUCUCGUAUACCAAUUUGGUCACAAGGGUCCUGACUUUAAAACCGACAAUCCCAACUUCCUCAAAGUCAAAUCUGAAUUAGAUACGUACGAUAUUUACUCCUAGUUAUACUUAAAUUAUUAUUAGGUUAGCUUUAAAUGUCGUUAAUUAAUGUUUUAAAUAUUUAUACCGACUUCGUAUGUUAUAUCGAGCUCUUUUGCAUUUUAGUGAAUGUACGAAACUGAAUUACGUAAGAACAAUUCGUGAUUGAGUUUUUCAAAAGUGCAGUUGAAAUUUUCGGUGCAGUUGUUGCACGUUGAAUUAAUUGUGAUGCAACUGCGAUGUAGUUGCAAUAUGGACUGCAAACAAAACAGUGUCUUUUUAAAUCAUUUAUUUAUACUCAAUGUUUGUAAUGGAUCCAAAUUACUUAAGACUACAACAUGUCGGAGUAGAUACCUACAUUUUUUUGAAGUCGGUAAAGCUCACGAAUGGCGGUGUUACGACUAAGUUAGUUAUAGAUAGUUAAAGUUUGGAAUCUGUCUGGGGUUGUAUUAAGAUUAAAUUUCGCUUGUCCAAACGGAUCUAGUUUUACCAACCGGAGGGCGAAUGAUGUAUUUAAGUCAGUAACGCCAAAAUAGCAAUGUCUUAUUGGCUACUUUUGAUAUUUAAACAUAGCGCCCUCUAGUGAAAGUGAAAGUUAUUUCUCAUUUUCUCGAUCAUAAUACAGGUGAAAACACAUUAUUUUUACACCUUGUGUAUGGUAGGAAGUAAAUAAUAGAGGUGCCAAAUGUAGGUGUUUGUUGACUUUAAAAGCAAUUUAAAAUUAAAUUGGGAUUAAAAUAAUCUAUAUACCACCGUAGUCCUGCCAUUUAGUUCAAAUUGGACUACAUGAGGUUUUUGUCGUUGUUGAAUUCUAACUACUUAUUUUUUGACAACGUCCUCUACACUGUUCCGUCUUGUUUCUAUAAUCGAACCAAUAGAAAAAUAAUGGCAACAUAGUCCAAUUAGUAGGACUAACCGACAGGAUUACGUAAGUGUAUAACAUCCGUAUAGUGACCGGUGAAAAAAGAGCGAAAUAGCGUAAUAAAUAAAACCUUUUCAACCACAAAAAAAUUUCGGUCAACCGUAAGUGGUUGUAGGAAAGUCGAAAGUUGUUUUGACACGGAAAACAGAUAGAGUUGUGGCAAGUCGAUUAUUCGUGUACCGAUAAAAUAGAUAGGUGUUUUUCCGAAUGUUAUUAUGAGUGUGAUUAGCAUAAGUUGAUGUUCGUUCAAAUAUAUUUAGUAUUUCUUUUUAAAUUACUUAUGAUUACCAUUUUUUUUAGAUUAUUGUAAUGUA